GAAAUAACAUCUGAUGACCCAUUUUUGGAAAAAAGAGAACCAGAGAACUGCUCCUUCAUUUUUUUUAAAUGAAAAUAGUUUUUUUUUUGCUUGAAGUUUUCAAACUAAUACAUCCUUCUUCACACAGGAAGACGUGUUUUUGACCUUCUUUUUGUGACAGACAAGUCAUUUUAGCAUUACUCAUGUUGUAAUAAUAUAAGGCAUCACCUCCAUCAUAAGAUACAUGACCAAUACACCAUGGGAAAUGAAACAACAGACUACACCGACUGGCCACUGACAACAGAAUUUGACUACAGUGAUUCGACGCCUUGCCCUGCAACUGAGGAAAAGCACUUUGCAGCAAAUUUUUUGCCACCUCUUUAUUCUUUAGUGGUGAUAUUUGGCCUGACAGGCAACAUGCUUGUUGUCCUUAUCCUGGUAAAAUACAAGAGGCUGAAGAGCAUGACUGACAUCUACCUGCUCAACUUGGCAAUUUCUGAUCUGCUGUUUGUAUUUUCUCUCCCCUUUUGGGCUUAUUAUGCAGUCCAUGACUGGAUUUUUGGGGAGGCACUCUGUCGAAUUCUGUCAGGUGUCUAUUUCCUUGGCUUCUACAGUGGCAUCUUUUUCAUAAUCCUGCUGACCCUGGACAGGUACCUGGCCAUAGUGCAUGCGGUGUUUGCUUUGAAAGCCAGGACAGUCACCUAUGGUGUCCUCACCAGUGUUGUCACUUGGGCUCUUGCUGUUCUUAUUUCUGUUCCUGGGGUAGUAUUUCACAAAACUCAGAAGGAAAGUUCAGGCUAUUCUUGCAGUGCUCAUUAUCCAUCAGAGCAGAGAAAUACAUGGAAGCAAUUCCUCACCUUAAAUAUGAACAUCCUGGGACUUCUUAUUCCAAUGUUAAUCAUGAUCUGCAGCUACACACAAAUUAUAAAGACGUUGCUGCAAUGUAGGAAUGAGAAGAAACAUAAAGCAGUCAGGCUUAUUUUCAUCAUCAUGAUUAUCUACUUUUUUUUCUGGGCACCAUACAACAUUUGCAUUCUCUUGCGUGAUUUUCAAGGUGCAUUUUCCAUCUCUACUUGUGAAGGAAAUGGUCAACUGCAUAAAGCGAUACAAGUGACAGAAACAAUCUCAAUGAUCCAUUGUUGUAUCAACCCUGUAAUUUAUGCCUUCGCUGGAGAAAAAUUUAGGAAAUAUCUUCGCAGCUUUUUCCGAAAGCAGAUUGCAGCCCACUUGUCUAAAUGCUGUCCUGUUCUCUAUGCUGACACAGCUGAACGAGCAAGCUCCACCUACACCCAAUCUACUGGAGAACAAGAAGUUUCUGCUGCAUUAUAAGUUGUGUAAAGUAAAAAAAUUGGAUUGACUCUUGUGAGAUCAACUCUUUGAUGAAAGCCUGCUGAAUCUCUUUUGGAUAUUGUCUCUAAGGCAGCUGAAAAAAAAAAUCACAGAACACAUACUUACCAAAGUUUGCAUUUACUCACAGACUUGGGUAUUUUAAAAUACAUGAAAAGAAGGUAGAAAAUUACCUGACUGGGGUCCUGAGCUAGCAGGCUAACAGAUUUUUUGAAGUGAACUAGAGGUUUUAAAGUUACACUGGUUACUUAGAAACAUCUCUUGACUUUGUACAUUACACAAGAUACCUCACUCAUUUAAACUUAGUCUCAGACAUAUUUUUUACUGGUCUGGUUGUGUAUCUCUAUAAAUAAUGCUAAGUUACUAAGGUCCAUCAUACAGCAUGAAAUGGAAAAUUUUAUAUACUUAGAAUGGACUCUGAUAUUUUAUGGUAUAUUUUCUUUUGUGUAUGGUUGAGUCCUAACCACUUAGAUCUUUCUCACAAUAGUUCUAAAUGCUAGGGGCUAAUACCUAGUGAUUUUUGAGUUUGAUACAUCUGAAGAGUCUCUUUUACUCAUCUGCUUUUUUAUAUGCUUCUCAUGCUAAAAAGAUAAUGUUACUGAGCUAUCAUUUAAAAACUAAUGUCCUAUAGCUGAUCAGAAAAUAAGUGUGGUAACAGUAUUUUAAAAAUAAAGUAUUUCACAUGGAGCUUUAACCAGGUUGGAUCAAAUGUGAAGAAUGACUCAAGACUGUUUUAGUUCUUUAGCGCAGUGAUUUUGCUUGCCUUUUAUGUAACCUGCACAAGAGAAAGACUUUAAAAAAAA